AUGAAGAAGCACCCCUAUCAACCUGGAACAGACAAGACGCGUCGCAUGGCGCUCACUUUCGCGCAGACGGGCGUGGACGACGAUCGCGUCAGCUUGCCGGAAGGUCCCGGCUCGCUCGAAGGUGUCGGCGAGAACAUCGAGAUCGACCCGAACAUGGGUUCGAUGCGUUACUCGGUUCCUAUCGCCGUGCCAAAGGGUCUCAAUGGCCUGACGCCUUCGCUCGGCUUGAAUUACUCGUCCUCGGCAGGCUCGUCUGUGCUCGGCGUCGGUUGGACCAUGCCGAUGAUGAGCAUCGAGCGCAUGACCAUGCGCGGCACGCCAGAGUACAUCCCCGAGGAUUACUUCGCCGCCAAUGGCGGCGACGAGCUCGUCCUCAUCGAAUCAGCCGAUGGUAAGCAGGUCUACCGCGAGCGCUUCGAGGGGAGCUUCGUGCGUUACACCUGGCACGAUGUGGGUGAUGGGAAGGCGGGCUACUGGGUCGCAGAGUAUCCUGAUGGCACGGUGGGUUAUUUUGGCGCGGACUCGAGCGGCAACAUCGUCGCUGACGCGCGGAGCGAGAAGACCACCGGAGGCGGAACCUACAAAUAUCACCUCGUCGAGAAGGUCGAUCCCUACGGUCACAAGAUCGUCUACGAAUACGACAACUACGACAGCAACUGGCCGCUCGUCUCCUCGAUCUCGUAUGUCUACGAUCAGAGCACCGGAGAGCCGGUCUAUCGCGUGACGUUCGAUUACGAGGAUCGCGAUGAUUUGCUCAGUGAUGCGGGCGCUGGAUACGAAGAGCUACUCACCAAGCGCCUGACCAAUGUCCAGGUCACCUCGCGCUCGAAGGUCGUGCGCGAGUACGUCCUCUCGUAUGAAGCGAGCGAUGACUCGGGCGGCUUCAGCCGCCUCUCGAACGUCAAACGCUAUGGCGUGGGCGGUGAGUCCUCCGGAAAACUCUAUCCGAUCGAGUUCACCUUCGGUUACUCCAACGCGCUCGGCGUGGCCUGCACUGGUAAUAGUUGUGAUUCGCCCUACCUCGUGAAUAUGGGCACUAUCCAGGGCGCGAGCGGUCUGGCGACCGGCAAGGCGACCUUGCUCGAUAUCAACGCGGACAGCUUGCCGGAUAUCCUCGAUACGAGCGAGGCGGGCGCGCACAAGAUCAUGCUCAACCGCCUCUCCUUGCAGGAUGGCGGCGUCAUGCACACCUUCGACGCGCCCUCGAGCAGCGCGAUGGGGACAGGCAGCAACUUCGGGCUCGGCAACGAGAUCACGCAGGUGCUCGAUGUCAACGGCGACGGGCUCUCGGAUCUGGUCAACGCCUCUUCGGGAGCGACCAUCCUGGCGGGUUAUGGCCUGACGGACUGGAACGGCACGGGCUCCUCGCUCGACACGCAGGUGUUGCGAAACAUCAACAUCUCCGAGGCGAAGUUCCUCGAUUACAACAAUGACAAGCGCAUCGACGUGAUGACCUCCACCGGGGACACGACGAUCGUCUACGAGAACAUGGGCGAUUCGUUCCAGGCGCGCACCGUCGAUCCUAUCGGCGUGCCGCUCUCGGAUUCUCAGACUGUCCAGCUCGCGGAUAUGAACGGCGACGGUUAUAACGACGUCGUCGAAAUCCAGGCGGGCGGCGCCAUUCGCUACCGCCUCAACUAUGGCUGGGGCAAGUGGUCGGCGUGGCGAAACACCACGGGCGUGUCGAUCGACCUCUCCGAGCGCGAGCUCGUCGAUCUCGAGGACGUCAACGGCGACGGCAUCAGCGAUGUCGUCGUCGUGACGGCCACACAGGUCAAGUACGCCAUCAACCGCAACGGUGACCGCUUCGAUCCUUUCGUCACGGUCGCCUCGACCAACAUCGUGGGGAACCUCCCCGAGCGCCAGAUGGGGGACAAGGUCCUCUACGCGGAUAUGAACGCCAACGGAAGUGAGGAUGUCGUCUGGUUCGACACCUCCGGCCAGGUUCAAUACCUCGAGCUCUUCCCCACGCGUCCAAACCUGUUGAGCCGUAUCGACAAUGGCAUCGGCUUCAUCCAGAAGAUCGACUACACGACCGCGGCGCUCCAGGAAGCCACCGCGCGCGCUGAAGGCGAAGCCUGGGAUACGACGCUCUCGAUCCCGAUGAAUAUCGUCGCCCAGACGGACACCUUCGUCACGCUGACAGGUGAGGAGGAUGGGAGCGGUCUGCACGAGAUCGCGACCUACACCUAUCGCGAUGGCUUCUACGAUGGUGUUCAGAAGCAGUUCCGAGGCUUCGAGACGGUCACCAAGGAGAUCCUCGCCAGCGAUGCCCAGGAAGGCGGCAUCACCGUCAUGACCUACAACCUCGGCAAGGACGAGCCGCACUACAACGGCUUGCUCCUCGAGCAGACGAUCAUGAGCGGUGGUCGCGUCAUCCGAAGAGAGAGCAACACCUACGAGACUUGUGAUCUCUCGCAGGUUCCAACCCCGGACACGCUGCUCGCCCAGGAUCGCUUCGCCAUCUACUUCCCCUGCAUGAAGAGCAUGUCGACGGUCAUCGAGGAGGGCGCACCCCAGGCUGACUGGGUCACCACGAUGGUCGACUACGACUACGAUGGCUAUGGCAACAUCACGCUCACCACGGAUCAUGGCGUCGUCGGUCAGGAUGGCGAUGAGGCGUACACCGAGACCGAGUGGUACGAGCCCGGCGAUGGCAGCGCGUGGUUUUUGAGGAUGCCGCUCGUCGAGCGCAAUUGGAACACCGCCGAUGGUUCGGUCAAGACCGAGGUGACCACUUACUACGAUGGCAGCGCGUACAUCGGCCAACAGGAUGAAAUCACGCAUGGUUUCAUCACUCGCAAGACGACCAAGGCCGAUGACAACACGCUCAUAGAGACGCUGCGCCAGCGCCGUGAUUUGCACGGCAACGUCAUCGAGUCGAUCGAUCCCAACGGCGAGGUCGCCGAUGAUACGACACAUCGCCGUCGCUACAUCUACGAUGACCUUGGCCUGUUUUUGACCUACCUCGACAUUAUCAUCGCCGAGGAUCAUGUCCUGCGUCGCUCGACGCAGUACGAAUACGACUUCCAGAAGCUCGUGGACGUGACCGACUGGGUGCUCAUCCAGGGUGGCCAGGAGGUCUCUUCGCGCAACGAGCAGCACUACGAGUACGAUGACUUUGGCCGCAUGGUCGAGCACUACAAGGCUGGUGAUGGCGACAGCACGCCGACGUUCCAGUACACCUACGAGCUCGGAGAGCCCUUCUCGCGCAUCAUCGUGCGCAGCCGCAGCGAGCGAAAUGGUCCGGUCGAUGAGGAGUUCUACAAGUGCCUCGAUGGGAUGGGUCGGCUCUACCAGUCACGCAACAAGACCGACGAAGGGAAGUACCUCGUCACGGGCUUUAACGUCUUCAACAACCGCGGCGUGGCGGUGGAGACCUUCCAGCCCUACACCUCGGGGUCGCCAAAUUGCGAAUCCGAGCGCCCCGCGGGCGUCCUCUCUUCGCUCAAGAAGUACGACGCGCUCUUCCGCCAGAUCGAGGUGAGCGAGCCGGGCGAGGAUCUCUAUGGCGAGCGACUUGUCAGCACCACGACUUACGCGCCGCUCCAGGAGAUCUUGCAUGACUUCGAGGAUCUCGAUCCUGAGAGCCCGCACUAUGACACGCCAAAGAUCAAGCACCUCGAUGGGUUGGGCCGCACGGUCGCGUUCGAGCGUAUGCUCGCAGGUGGCGAGUCGGUCGUGACAGAACUUCACUAUGACGAGACAGGCAGCUUCUCCGGUUACACGGACGCGGAGGGCAACCGCCACGAGCUUCUUGUCGACCUCGCUGGCCGCGUGACUGCGGUGAGAAACCCGACCACCGGUGAAUCGACGUUCACUUACGAUAACGCGGGCAACAUCACGUCGAUGACGGAUUCACGCGGCGUGACGACGAACUACGCCUACGAUGGUGGUAACCGCCGCGUCGAGUUCUGGGAUGCCGCCGACAAGGAAGGGACGCUUGUCAGCUACCACUACGACACGGUGCCAGAAGGUUGUGAUAUCACCGAGUGCACCAACCCCGCUAACCGCCUCGCGAUGGUGACCUACCCCACGCCAUUCGGCCAGGGUUCAGACCGCGUCGGGUAUGACGCGCGCCAGCGCAUCGUCUUCCAGGGACGCCGCCUCGGUGACGCGAUCGAUAUGGGCACCAGGAUCACGUUGGACAACCUCGAUCGCGCCUUGAAGGUCGAGUUCUCCGAUGGUCGCGUCUUCGAGCGAGAGUAUGACGAGCUCGGUCGCGUGGUGGCUGUAAAAGGCUUGCUCGAUAAGGUCGGCUACAGCGAGCGUGGCUUGCUCGACACCAUCACCUACAGCAACGGCGCCUCGAGCGAGUCCGUCUACGACGCGCUCGCUCGCCUCGAGGCUCGCAUCAACAAGGACGCGGGUGGGACGAUCAUCGACGGCAUGGUGUUGAAUCGCGAUCGCGAGGGCAACAUCCAGAACAUCGAGGACAUGGGCGAGCUCGGGAUGAGCUAUCAGUCGAGCUUCGAGUACGACGCCUGGUAUCGCGUCAUCUCCUCGACCCAAAAACAUGGCGCCCAGGAGGAGACGAUGACCUACACGUUCGACAUGGUCGACCGUCUCACCGCCGCGGCUUCGAGCCUCGAGGCGGAGAGCGCCGCGCAUGUCGGUGAUUACGCCUACGACGCCGAGCGCCCGCUGCUCCCGACCACGGCGGGUGGCAUCUCGCUCGGGUUCGACGCCACAGGCCAGCUCACCAAGCGCGAUGGCCUCGAGCUCGAGUGGGACUUCAUGAACCGCAUCGUCCUCGCGAAGCAGUUUGGCGAGCAAGAGCAGCACGUCUACGGCUCGGAGAAGGCGCGCGUGGCGAUCAUCGGCGAGGACAAGCUCGACUUCUACGGCUUCGGUGACUUCGAGGUUCGCGACGGCGUCUCCUCGUUCUAUGUGCGCCUCAACAGCGAGCGCCUCGCAAAGACCAUCGACACCUCGAUGAUGACGGCGAUUUACGAAGACAAGGAUGGUGACGCGAUGAUCACUUCGGUGGAUGCGUGGAUGGCUAUCGAGGAAGGAAGCGAGGGCAAGAUCACGCCAGAGCAUGUUUUGGGAGCAGCCGCAGCGCGCAUGCUCGCUGACGAGGGCGACGAGGCGACGAUGUUGCACACCGACUACAUGGGGAACAUCGUCUCGGCGACGGAUAUGGGCGGCGAGGUCAUCGGCCACAGGAGCUUUAACACCACUGGCCUCGUGCGCUCGGAGACGGGCUACGUCGACCGCUACGGCUUCACCAACCAAGAGCACAACGACUUCACGGGCCUCAUCCAGUUCAAGAUGCGGGACUUCGAUCCUCAGAUCGCGCGCUGGGCAUCCUUUGACCCCGCGUUCGUGAAGCCAGAUGUCGCCGCGAUGAGUUCGCUCGGUGAGGCGACCACGGGCUAUGCCUACGUCUCCAAUAACUUCGUCAACAACGUCGACCCCACUGGUUUGGGGCAGACCGAUAAGAAAUCCGGGAACAACAGCAAUAACAGUCAGAAAUCUGGCAAAGGUGACAAGGCAAAUAACAACAAGGACAACAACAGCCGUGAGCGCUCCAACUCCGAUGACAGCGUCAUGGGGAACGGCCUGAAUGCGACCCCUGGCGGCUUCCAGCCCGACGCCAAGAGCGCAUCUGCACAGGAUACGCUCGCUUCCAACUCGGCAGCUGGGGCAGGUGGUGAUGACUACUCCAAGAUGAUGAACAACAGCGGCUUCGAGAUGAGCAACAAUGGCGUGGAUAACACCGGCAAGAGCUUUGGUGACCUCGCGUCAUCAGGUAGCCCUGAUGUCGCCAAGGCAAUGAACAACCUCGCCGACGCGGUGAACAAGAACACGGCGGCCAACAAGAAGCCUGAUCCCAAACCGACCACCAAGGGAGACGUCGCCGCGUUCAUCGGCGCCGUGUCGCUGAUGACGGUCGGCUCGCUCGCCGCAGCCGACGGCUUCGACAUGAGCUUCGCCCCGACGGACCUGUUCAGCUUCUGA